AUGGACCCUAAGAAAUGGACCCCAGUUGUUGGCCUCCUGCUUUUAUUCUUUUCAUUCCAGACAGCGAUUGCUGCCUUUUUGAUAAUGUUCUCGACUCCAUCCCUGGCAGAGAUGGACCAGAAUAAGCUCUUGAAUGGAACCCAUGAGGACCGAAGCCCCAGUGUCCAUAUAAGUGGUAGCAUCGCUCUCAUCCAUGACACUAAUCCUUGGAGUGAAUGUGAUAUCAUACUGGAUUACAACCAUGGUUAUUUGGCUGCCAAACUGUUUAGUAAGAAGGCUUGUGUGCUAACAAGGAUGGACAAAGUGAUCUUCCCCAGUCUGGAAACAUUCCACAAAGCCCUGGACAAACAGUUACCUAGGAAUUAUCACUCCUCACAAGGUCUCACCUACAUCAUUUUACCCCGUCGGGUUAAGAAUGUUGCUCAGUAUGGAAAGACUAUCAGUGAUCUGUGUAGAGGGGUUCCUACAUACUUUGCACAGCAAUGCGUUGAAGGCACUGCCCUGGAGCUGAAUCCUCAAUCCUGCUUUAAAGGACAGAUUUUGGCAAGCAUGUACAGUUUUGGCAUCUCCAUCUGUGGUGAGAUUCCAGGACUCUGA